CACGUACUCAGAGCGUGGCAGCGUGGUCUCGCCUGUCCUUCACAUCCGUCCACAUCUUUCUAGGUUCGACUCCCAAGCGCAGCAACGAUGGCUCUGCUCAAGUCCAACAAGAUAAUCUACUGCCUGGGGACUAUCUCCCCGUCCCUGGGAGUCCUGUCCGCCCGCAGCAGCUCCUGGUGGGGUGGAGUGCAGAUGGGUCCCCCUGAUCCCAUUCUGGGGGUGACUGAAGCCUUCAAGAGGGACACAAACCCCAAGAAGAUGAACCUGGGAGUGGGAGCGUACAGGGAUGAUCAGGGAAAACCUUUUGUCCUCAGCUGUGUUCGCAAGGCAGAGGCUAUUAUUGCAGCUAAACAGCUGGAUAAGGAGUACCUUCCCAUUGGUGGUCUGGGGGAAUUUAACAAAGCCUGUGCUCAGCUGGCGCUUGGUGAUGCAAGUGAGGUUUUGAAAAGUGGCAGAAGCAUCACUGUCCAGACCAUCUCAGGAACUGGAUCCCUGCGUGUUGGAGCCAACUUUUUGGCUCGAUUCCAUGCAGGGCCACGUGAUGUGUACCUGCCCAAACCCUCCUGGGGGAACCACACACCCAUCUUCAGAGAUGCUGGCAUGCAGCUCAAAGCUUACCGUUACUAUGACCCCUCUACCUGUGGCUUUGACUUCAAAGGAGCUCUGGAGGACAUCUCUAAAAUCCCAGAGCAGAGUGUGAUUCUGCUGCAUGCAUGUGCUCACAACCCUACUGGUGUGGACCCCAGGUCCGAGCAGUGGAAGGAGAUUGCUGACCUCGUGAAGAAAAGGAACCUGCUCGUGUUCUUCGACAUGGCCUAUCAGGGCUUUGCAAGUGGAGACAUUGAUCGUGAUGCCUGGGCUGUCCGCCACUUCAUUGAACAGGGCCACAACAUCCUGCUGUCCCAGUCCUUUGCCAAGAACAUGGGACUCUAUGGUGAACGUGUUGGAGGCUUCACCAUAGUGUGCAAAGAUGCAGAGGAGGCGAAGAGGGUGGAGUCACAACUUAAGAUCCUUAUCAGGCCCAUUUACUCCAACCCGCCAAUGAAUGGCGCCAGAAUUGCAGCAACUAUUCUCAACACACCAGAACUGCGCUCACUGUGGCUGGAGGAGGUCCAUGGUAUGGCUAACCGCAUCAUUAAGAUGAGAGAGCAGCUGGUGGCCGGUUUGAAAAAGCAGGGCUCCUCCCACAACUGGCAGCACGUCAUCGACCAGAUUGGGAUGUUCUGCUUCACAGGACUCAAGCCAGAACAGGUCGAGCGCCUGACAAACGAGUUUUCAGUGUACAUGACCAAGGAUGGGAGAAUUUCCAUGGCAGGUGUGACCUCUGGAAACGUGGGCUACCUGGCAGAGGCGAUCCAUGCGGUCUCCAAGUAGCGUGGAUCCUGCUGGGAGAGUGGCAAAAUCGGAAGGAGCAGAAUUGAAGAGGAGCUUCAAGCGUCAUUUAUUCGCAGUCUCCUUUAUUCCACCUUUUAGAAAAAAGCUUUUUUUUUUUCUUUUUUUCCCUAAUUGGAUUUCAUCAUGUGUUCCACUGAACCGUUGCUCUUGUUACAGGGUUUAUUUUCUAGUUACAUUUUUCACGUCUUCUACAUUUCACUAAAAAGGUUUCCCCUGCCAAAUUGAGCCACUACCACCCCCCCGACUGCGUUGACUGAUCUUUAAUUAUUUAUUAUCAGAAAUGAACUGUUGGCUGUGCGUUAGUGUCCUCCCACAUGUGUGCUCUGUAUCUGCUGUGGGCCCACAGACGUAAAAACAUCAAGGAAAAGAAACAUCUGGGAGAUGCUGGACAGAGAUGAGAUCUUAGUUUGUGAAAGCUUGUAGUUAAUUUGAGGUUUUCCCUCUUUAAUGUGGCGUUAUAGCACUUUAUAAGCUGUGAGGCACUGUCUGAGUCUCAAGACAUCACUGGCACUUCAUUAGCCUUUACUGUAUUAAUGGGCAUCGGCCAAUCAUGUGAUCGGGUUACUUCAUGGAACUGACUUCAUCUGACCUAACCAGUGAUUCAGCAGUUUACUCUCUUUAUCUGUUCUUGGUAGAGUGUGAGUCUUUGAUUUCUGUUUCAGUGAUUGCAGGGCAGCAGUCGCUCAGUUGGUUCUUCUUUAAGCCCUGAUACAAGCAAGCACACAAUCUAGAGAGUUAAAUAUAGGGAAGUGAUAAAUGUACUAUGUGGAUUCCACUGUAAAGAAUUCUUAUUCUUUAUACACGUUCUUCCCCCCCCCAAAUGAAGACUCUGGACUUGAUCGUAAAUUGUGUGGGGUAGUUGCUUCAGGGGAAAACGGUUCAUGAUGCACACGCUGCUCAGUCAGAUGCCAUGUUUCACUGAAUUAAUCUGUUAGUCGAGACUGACACAGAUGGCAUUUCAAAAUGUUGGGUUUGCCCCAGUCUGCUCAUACUUCUGAAACUUCUGGCACUUUGCCUCCAUGUUUUUGCAUUCUCUCUUGUGGUGCAUCGGUCUUGUACAUCAUUGAACAAACAAUAAAUCAUAGAGUAAUGUUCUGUUC